CCAAUUUUGUUUUGGGUUUUGAUCUGUCAGCUGCCUUUUUUUACUUGUUUAUCCCCUUUUUACCCCUCCGGUUUCUAGAAAGAACGGUGCUUUAAUUUCUUGAAUUGGUACCUUAGUUUCUGUCAUUCUUGAAAAAGGUUGCUUUGCUUACACCAGUUGUAUAUAGGCCAAUAGAACAAAGGGUUCUUAGCUGGUUUGGGUAUAUAUGGAAAAAACCGAGUCUUUAAUUGGGAUGUGAAGAAUCAAUCAAGAAUGGAUGCUGGUAUGACCAAUGGGAGGAUGAUGUGUGGUGCUGGUGUGGUGGAUCAUUCUCUGGGCUCGGGCUCGAGUUUGGGUUCGGGCGGGUUUGUCCCUCCUGGGAUGAUAUCCGUGAACAAGAAGCAGAUUGAUAUGGAUUGGAGUGAUGAAGAACAGGCUGUGCUGGAACACUGCCUUGCCAAAUAUGCAGCUUAUAAUACAACAAACAUUGGUCUCUAUGCAAGAAUUUCAUUGCAGUUGAAUAACAAGACUGUGCGCGACGUGGCAAUGCGCUGCCGAUGGAUGUCCCAAAGGGAGAAGGCAAAGAAAAAGAAAGAGGACAAAAAGGAAAGGUCCAUUGACAAUGCUGCACCAGCACCAAAUUCUAACAUAGUAAGCAAAGCUGGAUUUUCUCCUUAUGCUUCCCAACGAACCGCUACCAAUAACAACAAUGGAAGUUCAGUCUUUUUCAAUGCCACUGUACAGCUUCUGCACCAUAACUCUAGGGUCUUUGAUCAGAUCUCUGCAAAUCUCACCUCAAAUCAGAUACAAGACAAUAUUGUUCUCUUGCGUUAUGCUCGCAAUAAUCUCUUCAACAUAUUAAGCGAGCUAAAUGAGCAGCAGAGCUUCAUAUCUCGGAUGCCGCCUCUCCCGGUUGAGCUGAACGAUGAACUGGCUAAUUCCAUUCUUGCCCCUGCUUCCACUUGCCCCCCAUGGAAGUGAUCAUUCAGUCCAUAUAUGGAUAAAAAAGCUAGAAAACUAGCAUGCACCAGUUCAAUUUGGACUAGGUUUGUAGGAUAUAUAUAUACAUAAUACAUGCAUGUGUGUGUGUGGGGUAAUGUAACUUACUAAUUAGGGACUCAAAUGAAUAGCUUCGCCCUCU